GAUAAAGAUGCCAAAAUCAGCUUCCUUCAGAAGGCCAUUGAUGCUGUGGUAAUGGUAACAGGAGAGCCACUGGCAGUAAAACCAGCGCGUGUUGUGGCUGGACACGAGCCCGAAAAAACCAAUGAGUUUCUUCAAGCAAUCGGGAAGUGUUGCUUAAACAAACUGUCCAGCGAUGUUGCUGUAAGAAAGAUCUUAGCUGGGGAAAGACGUGAUGCUAAAGGGAAACCUCCAUCCUCUAAAUCUCGAGAUAAGGAAAGCAGAGAAUCCAAAACAGAAGAACAGAAAAGCCAUAGAGAUAAAGAGAGUAGAGGAAACACUGGAAUUAAAGACAGAAGCUCAAGCAGAGACAGAAAACCCAAAGGAGAUUUGAAAGAGAGUGAAGAAAGAGAAAAGGAAAGUGAUAAACAGAAGGAUAAUGAAGAGAAGCACAAAGACUCUGAAAGAGACGCCCUUAAGGAAGGAGAAAAACAAGAAAGGGAAAGAAGCAAAAGCAGAACAACCAAGCAAGGAAGAGAAACAGAAAAAAAACAGGGAAGAGGAGACAUAGAACGAGAAGAUGAUCUUGAGCGUGGUAAAGGCCAGGAAAGAGAGAAAAAAAAUGAAGGAGGAAGAGAAAAGGACAGACUGAAAGGAAGAGACAAAGAUAAGGCUAGAGACAGAGAACGAGAGAAAGACAGAGAGAGAGGAAAAGGUCGGGAAAGGGAUAGACAAAGGGACAGAGAAAAAGAUGGGGAGCAUUUAAGAGAACAUGGAAAGGAUAAAGCAGAGAAAAAGUCCGCAGAUUCUGAGGAAUCCAUGCUUAGAAAAACACAGAGACCCACCAAAGACAGCAAGUGCCAGCCAGAUGAGAGUGAAAGUCCUGCAGGAAUAUCAAGGCAGCCUUCAACAAAAGGAUCAAGGCAACGCGCCAAACCCGGAGGAGAAGGAACUGUGGAAAAGAAAAUCAUGGCAGAUAAGAUUUCAGAGGACAGUGUUGCUAAACUGCAAGAGAACGCUGACCCAGGACUUGCAGUAAAACAGAAAGAAGGAGAAGCAGAGAACGUGGCUCCUGAAAACCCUGCGGUAUCCGAAAAUGGUGAUGUCCCCAAUGAUGUUCCACCUCAGCCCAUCCAAAGACGCAUUCCCCGUCCUAGCAGUGCAAGACCAGCACCACCCCGAGUGAAACGUCAAGAAAGUGCAGAGGUCGUACUUCCAGAAAGGAGUGGUAGUGGUAAAACAGUCUCAAAUGUCAUCAUAGACCAGCAGAUUUCUGAUGAUGAUGAUGACGAGUUUGUGGUUGAGGCAGCACUGCCACUGCCAGAAAUGCCAGAGAUGGAAAUGGAGCCAGAAGUGGAGAUGGUUGAGGAUGAAAAGCAUGGUGGGCUUGUAAAAAGAAUCCUAGAAACAAAGAAGGAUUAUGAGGCAUCACAGAAAUCAUUGAAGACGACAGAGAGGGAGAAGCCCUUUGUAUCGGAAGCAGCUAGGAAGAAAGAGAGAGACUUGGUAGCCAAAGAAAUUGAGAAGUUUCAGGUCUCUAUUCAGACUCUGUGCCGGAGUGCCCUUAUGCUUGGGAGGAUCAUGGAUUACAUUCAGGAAGACAUGGAUGCCAUGAAGAAUGAGUUGCAGAUGUGGCGGCAGGAGAACAGACAGCACGCAGAAGCUCUGCAGAAAGAGCAAAGCAUCACAGACAGUGCUGUAGAACCAUUAAAAGCUGAUCUGGCUGAACUGGAGCAGUUGAUUAAAGACCAGCAAGACAAGAUCUGUGCUGUAAAAGCUAAUAUUUUAAAGAACGAAGAAAAAAUCCGGAGGAUGGUUCUUAGCAUAAAUGUGUCUUCAAGAAGGUGAAGAAGAGGAAAAAAAAAAAGCCUUUGGACUGACUGACAUUCCUACCAAAUAGAGACAAAAUACCAGAGAAAACUAAGAUAUGCCUUGUUCAGAUAUAAAAUGUUUAGAGACCAGAAGCCUAAAAAUUAUAUAAAAUCCUAUUAUUGCAUUGAUCUUUAGAUGUUAAUAUUACCCAGGAUAAAAUUAUAUUAAUUUGAAUGC